AUGAACAAACCACUAGAAUACACUAAUCUUUUCAAGCCGAUCCAGGUCGGAAAAAAUCAACUCACCCAUAGAGUGGUGCUUCCUCCGUUGACCAGAAACCGUAACGACCCUGCCACCCAGGCUCCGACCGCCUUGAGCAUCAAAGCCACGUUUAUUUCCCCACAGGCAGGUGGCUACAGUUUAGCCCCGGGUAUCUGGUCCCAAGAGCAAAUCACCGAGUGGACCAAACCCUAUGUCUCUUCUUCCGCAACGUAUAUCACGCCUGAAGAUGAGGCUAAGGCGGUGGCUGCCGGUAAUCCAAUCAGAGGGAUAACUACUGCUGAAAUCAAACAAUAUGUGGCGGACUACGCCCAGGCUGCGCGUAACUCUGUGGACGCCGGUGCUCACGGGGUAGAAAUUCACGCUGCCAGUGGCUACCUUCCACAUCAGUUUCCCGAGCUCAACACUAACUCGAGAACGGACAAUUAUGGCGGCAGUGUUGAGAAUCGCUCUAGGUUCUUGCUUGAGGUUGUGGAUGCGGCUACGGCCGAGAUUGGAGCUGAUCGUCUCGCUGUGCGCAUCAAUCCAUGGGGAUUGUUCGGAGGUAUGGGUAAGUCGGGGAAGCAGGUCACGGAGGAUCAGUUUGGGUACCUUGUGGAGCAGUUAGAGGCACGUGCUAAGGAAGGAAAGGAAUUGGCAUACUUACACAUUAUUGAGCCUCGUAGCGACGAGUCAAAAGAGACCAACGACUUCCUCUUGGAGAAAUAGUCUGGGAGGUUGAUCAGAUCCGGCGAGUACGCACAUGAUUUGGAAAAACUUGAAAGGCACGUUCAGGACGAGAGGACUUUGGUU